AUGAAAUGUAUUGAAGAUGAAAUUUUCCGAUCGAAAUGGUUAGGAGUUAACUCAACGAACGAAUAUCGUCAAAGUGAUCAUGCAACAAAAAGACAUUAUAUAACUGAUAUAUUUCAUCCAAUUCUUCAAUAUUUUCGUUUCUUUUCUCUUCAUUCCUGUGGUUUAUGUGAUCUAAGUAAAUAUUGAUCUUCAUUUCUUUUUGGUGAAUUUAAUCUGCUCGUCCACUUUGUGUCCAUAUUAUCUCCCUUCUAUUAUACACAAUUAGUCAUGCGUCUGGCUUUACGUCUGCUUAUUUACUCAUUAACUCUCGUUUCAGAUAGUGUCUCGAUUUUCGUGCUACCCAGUCAGACAAAAAUUUUGAAAAACGCGUUUAAACGCACACUCGGGAACCGCGACUGUGAUCCAUUAACGCUCAUUAAAAAAACGCACGAAAACGCGUAUAUUGGCGUUUUUUGUAACUUUAUGGGCGUUAAAACGGCGAAAAUUCCAGUUUUUGAGCGUUAAAACGCACUAUUAUUCUAGAACUUAAAAACAAUACGUUUUAACGCUCAAAAACUGGAAUUUUCGCCGUUUUAACGCCCAUAAAGUUACAAAAAACGCCAAUAUACGCGUUUUCGUGCGUUUUUUUAAUGAGCGGUA